AUGGGUACCGCUGCACUACAAAACGAUAGCGGUCGCCCGUCCAGAUCCCAAGAAAUUGUCACUCACCCCGUAAUGAAAGCCAUAGCAACAUCCCAGUAUAGUAUGAGACGCCCAUCUAUACGUCAAAUUGACAACCGAUCACUCCAAUUCUCCGAGAAUGGUACAUUUCAAAUAUCUAUAUUCGAGGACUUACACUUUGCUGAAAAUGCUACUGACGAUGCCAUGACAAAGCAAGUCAUGAGGUCAAUUCUCUCCGAUGAAGAAGCUCAACUAGUAGUUCUGAAUGGAGAUUUGAUAUCCGGUGAUGCCAUUCAAGGCUCUGGUUCUAGUGAAUACGUUCAUGAUGUCGUAUCACCUUUGGUCGAAAUAAACCAGCCUUGGGCUUCAACCUACGGCAAUCAUGACUGCCAAGACAAUCUGGACCCAUCAAAGGACAUCUUCGAUCAGGAAAAACAAUAUCCAACAAGUUUGACCAGAAGCGAUAUUUCGGGGUUUCAGGCAGGAAUAACAAAUUAUUACCUCACGGUUUAUCCCCACGAUAACCUAAAUGGCCCACCCGCACUACUUCUGUGGUUCUUUGAUUCUCGUGGUGGGCGUAACGCAACCAACCGCGAUUCUAGCAUGACACCCGGCGUGCGAGCAGAUUGGGUUGAUGAAUCAGUGGUGGAGUGGUUUAUUGAGAAGAACGCCAAUUUGACAUCUGAAUUCGGCCGUUCCAUUCCAUCCCUUGCAUUUUACCAUAUUCCCGCCCACGCAAUGUUUGAAUAUCAAGAGAAGGGCGUGAGCAAGAAAAAAACGCCUGGUAUCAAUGGAGAGACAGUAGUAUCCCAAGGCUCUGGCGAUACUAAAUACACUGGCCAAGACUCCGCAUUCAUGAACGCCCUUCUUAACACUACUGGUUUGCUGGCAACCUUUAGUGGACAUGAUCAUGAGAACGAUUGGUGCUUUAAAUGGGAUAAUAAUACCGUGGAUCAGAAUAUUACUGGCACGGGGUUGAACAUGUGCUAUGGCCGGCAUACAGGAUAUGGCGGAUACAGUGAUGUCGCUCGUGGCGCGCGACAAGUACUGAUAAACCAAACCGACUUGGAAAAACAAGUUCGAACUUGGAUUCGAUUAGAGGAUGGUUCCAUAUCGGCUCCGGUAACAUUAAAUGCUACCUAUGGUCAAGACAAAUAUGGGAUGACAUUUUCAGACAAACGGAUUCAAUUUUCCGGGGCCACUUCUGCUUAUGAUCCUUCAUAUCUGCUAUUCUAUAUUUGGGCCUCUUUUUGGGUGCUUGCUUUCUGCCGACGUUAG